GCGAUUCAGCACAAAGGAUUCUCUUUUACUUCCUUAAUUCUUAUCUAUGCUGUUCACAUGAUCUUUAAAUACUCACUGAGCAAUGGUAAGACUAUAAACAAGUUUUUCGACAGGUUAGUGCUAAGCAGCAUGCACACUUAGAAACAUCUGAAGUACGUGGAGUUAAAAUAGUGUUGUAACUCAUGGAUUAUACGGUGAUCAUCUUUGUGCUGAUAGGAGCGCUGGUUAAUGGUACAUUUGGUCAAACUCAUCAGUACUACUAUGUGAGCACCUCACUGAACUGGACGGAGGCACAGAGCCACUGCAGAGAUGUCUACACUGACCUGGCCACCAUAGAAAGCACAGCUGACGUUAAUGCUGUCAGAAGCAUUGCAACAAACACAAGUAAGGCAUGGAUAGGUCUCCAUGAUGACCUGGAAAACAGUUGGAGAUGGUCCCUAAAUGACAGCAGCUUCUACGGUCAAGGGGAGACAACAUUUAGAAACUGGUACACUAAUGAGCCCAACAAUCUUAAUGGACAGCAAUACUGUGUGGCACUUUUAAGUGGGAGUCCAUACAAUGGUGAAUGGGAUGACCGUGACUGUGACGACAUCCUAAACUUUGUGUGCUAUAAUGGUACAAUAAAUGGUCAAGAAUCUUUUGUUAAGGUUAAUUUGUUUAUGAACUGGACUGAUGCUCAGAGUUUCUGCAGGAACAAUUAUGUUGAUCUACCCAGUAUACGAAAUCAGACAGAAAAUGACAAGAUCAAAGUCACAGCAAAUGGAAGCUUUGUGUGGAUUGGUCUGUAUCGGCAAAAGGUGUGGUCUGAUGGGAGUGACUCUCUGUUUCAAUUCUGGGCCACUGGGCAACCAGACUCUGGAUAUGAGCAGUGUGUUGCUGCAGAUUUCAGUGACUCGGGACGAUGGUUGGAUGAAUUGUGCUCCAACAGCUUUUCAUCAAUCUGUUUUACAACAAUGACGUUCAGUCUAACGGGACAAACGGAAACCAGCAUCACUCUGCAGUGGAAUAAAGUCAACAACAAUGUCAGCUUUGUUCUCCAGUUUAAUGGUACAGAGACAAGCAUCAGUGCACCAGCUGGAAAUGGACCA